UGGCUGCGCUGGGCUGGUUUUUUUUUUUUUUUCCCUUCAGGAAAGUGAAUGUGGGUUAGUGACGACACUUCCCCCCUUUCCUUGGAUUCACCUCCGAAGAUUUUUUUUAACCCUGCCUGCCCGAGUUUUUCGUGAAGUAAACUUUUGUUUGCCUUUUUGUCUCUGGUCUCAAAGUCACUAUGCCGUCACCCUCUCGAAGGCUUCAAACGAAGCCCGUGAUUACCUGCCUCAAGACUUUUCUCAUCUCCUAUAGCCUCAUUUUCUGGUUCACUGGAGUGAUCCUGUUGGCCGUUGGUGUGUCAGGGAAGGUGAGCCUGGCCUAUCUGUCUCUGGCCUCAGAGGAAGGCACCAAUGCACCAUAUGUUCUCAUUGGAACUGGGGCCAUCAUUGUUAUUUUUGGGCUUUUUGGCUGCUUUGCCACAUGCCGUGGUAGUCCAUGGAUGCUAAAACUGUAUGCCAUGUUUCUAACUUUGGUUUUCCUCGCUGAGCUUGUGGCUGGCAUUUCAGGAUUCAUUUUCAGACAUGAAAUUAAAGCUACUUUAGGUCGUGCCUAUAGAGAAGCAGUGAAGUCCUACAACACCACAGACACCAGAAGCACUGCUGUUGAUACCAUCCAGAAAACUCUUCAUUGCUGUGGUGUCGAUAAUUACACUGACUGGACUGACACUCCAUACUUCAAAGAGAAUGGCUUUCCUACAAGCUGCUGCAAAGACAUCGCCAACUGCUCUGCAGAAACUCUAAUGUUCCCAGACAAAGCCAAAGCUAUAGUGUACAACGAGGGUUGUUUUCUGAAAGUGACCACAGCAAUGGAAGCAAACCUGGGAAUCAUUGCAGGGAUCUCUUUUGGAAUUGCUUUCUUCCAGAUUAUAGGAAUUUUUUUGGCCUGUUGUUUGUCCAGAUACAUAACCAAUAACCAGUAUGAGAUGGUUUAACUGUGAUCUUUGACAGGUUGCUGUUUGGAUUCAAAGAAACUCCUGUGAUUUUAUGCAUCUGGCAUUUUAGAUAAAGGGAUUCCUUCAGACGCUGCUUUUUAAAAUACAAAUUAGGGAAAGGAAAAGGUCUGGGUAUUGUGAGUGAGACCAAAAUGAGGGGAAUUAGAGCGUUGAAUUCCACAAGGGAUAUAUUCACAAGGCAUUACAAUAGUAUUUGUAUUUUCCCCUGUUAUAUUUUCCAAAGUGUCUGUCUGUAUUAGCUUUGCUGUCUUGUUCUUGUGGUUUAUUUUGACACUAUCUUAAGUUAAGUAGGUUUUGCCUUAGUUAAAUCAAGCAGCACUCAAUUGAUUUUGUUUGAGGUGCCAGUCCAAUAUUGAGUGCUGCCUGUUAGAACUCAUAUGUGCCUUUCUGGUCUGCUCAUAUAGUUCAGUUAUCAGUGUUAAAGCUCAUUUCUUUCUUUCCUCAGCAUGUAAAAUACUUGAAAAAUAAAAACAGACUCUGAAUUAGAUAAUUUUGAUAACCAGUGUCUGUGUGUGUGUGUGUGUGUUCCUCAUUGUAUAUAUAACCUGUUAAUUAAAAUAAGUUGCAACACCAA